UGAGGGACAACAUGGCGGCGGUGGUGAUGUCCCGGUGUCGGUCCAGACUCCGGUUCUCCUCCCGCUGGUUCUUCAGAAGUUACCUCAGCUCGGACUCCGGCAGCGGGACUUCCGGCAGCGGGACUUCCGGCAGCGACCCCCCCGCCGCGGACGCUCCCAGGUCCGGCUUCGCUGCGGCCUUCGACCUCCAGACGGAGAUCCGCCGGGAGGGCGGGGCCUCCGCGGCCGGGCUGCGAGGCUCCUCCUCCGGCCAGGACGAGAGCUUCGCCUCGCUGCUGCGCCGGUCCCCGCUGGUCCAGAUGGGCCCGGCCCGGGACCGGCCGGUGGUCGGGAGGGUCUUCCACGUGGUCCGGGACGACCUGUACAUCGACUUCGGGGGGAAGUUCCACUGCGUGUGUCGGCGGCCGGCGGAGGGGGGGGAGAAGCUGCAGCGGGGCAGCAGGGUCCGGCUCCGGCUGCAGGACCUGGAGCUCACCGCCCGGUUCCUCGGAGCUCAGACCGACACCACGCUGCUGGAGGCCCAGGCCGUGCUGCUGGGCCCGCUGGAGGGCCGCGAGGGGCGGGACCCCCGGGACUGAGGGUCCGGGACCACCGGGAGGGACGGGACCACCGGGACUGAGGGUCCGGAUCCCUGGAGGGUCGGGACUGAGGGUCCGGGACCACCGGGACUGAGGGUCCGGGACUGAGGGGGACGGGACGGGACCCCCGGGACUGAGGGUCCGGGUCCCGGGAGGGACUGAACCCGAACUGACCUUCAGUCACGUGGUCUGAUUCGAUCAGUGACUCAGAUGAUUAUUGAUUAUUGUUUAUUGAUUAUUGUUUAUUGAUUUGUGUGAAGUUUGUGUUAUUAAAGUGAAACGUGUUCCGA